ACCGUUUGAGGUUUGACGUUCAAGUUCAAUGGCGAUUGGCGCGUGCAUGUAGUUUUUGUUUACAAAACGAAUUUAUAAAUAAACAGACUACCUUUCUGGGUAUGGUCAGAAAGUAUAUUUAAGUUAAGUGCUUUUUUGUGAAAAAGUGUUAAACAAUAUUAUUUGACUCAUGAGGAAACUAUGAUAAUGCCAGUGCUGUCGGGCGGAUUUGGUGAACAAAUAGAGGAUUACGAGGUUCUAAAUUUAUUGGGAAAAGGUGGUUUUGCCAGUGUUUACAGAGCAAAAUGCCUUCGAAGUGGCAUGGAAGUUGCGAUCAAAAUGAUCGACAAAAAUCUAAUGCAAGCAGCUGGGAUGCUGGGUAGAGUGCAACAGGAAGUAUCAAUUCAUUCUAGUCUAAAAAAUCCUGCAAUUCUUGAAGUAUAUACAUUUUUUGAGAAUUCCAACUACGUUUAUUUAGUUCUCGAAUUGUGUCACAAUGGAGAAUUACAACGGUAUCUUAAAAUGCAGGGCUUGCUUCCCCUGAAUGAAGAAAGUGCUGGACAUAUAAUUAAACAAGUUGUUCAAGGAUUAUUGUACCUACAUUCUCAUCAGAUACUUCAUAGAGACAUGUCUUUAUCAAAUUUAUUGUUGACGAAGAAUAUGCAAGUUAAAAUAGCAGACUUUGGUUUAGCUACGCGAUUAGUGCGACCGGAUGAGAAGCAUUUGACAAUGUGUGGAACUCCAAACUACAUAUCGCCAGAGGUGGCUACGAGAUCUUCACACGGUUUAGAAGCGGAUGUAUGGGGACUGGGUUGUAUGAUGUACACAUUAUUAGUGGGCAAACCGCCUUUUGACACUGACGCUGUUAAAAGUACAUUGACUCGUGUUGUUAUGGCAGAUUAUAAAAUCCCCUCUCACCUAUCGGCAAAUGCAAAGGAUCUCAUUGAUAAAUUACUCAAAAAGAAUCCAAAGGAGAGAAUUAGAUUGCGAGAUAUUUCCAAGCAUCCAUUUAUAGCGACUCUUGCAAAGUCUAAAAUAUUUGGUGGUAAAGGAAGUAUGUCUUCUGACUCUGGUCUCGGUUCUUCAGGCCGAAUGUCUUGUGCAAGUGGACAAAUGCGACUGCGUUCGCGAUCUGAGGAAAGAACUUCCUGUACUCCCUUGUUACCUAAUUUUUCUUGUGGCCGGGGAUCAAGUGCAACCAGUGAACCUGUUGGCAAAAAUCAUUCUUCCAAUCGUCUUAAACGUUCCGAUUCUUGUCAGGUGAAAAAUUCCGUUCUUGCCGGAAUACCUCUGCCUCCAAAAAGUAGAAUUUUCUCGCUAGUUGACGACAGUGGUCUAAUGCAAGAACCUAGAAAUGUUCAAGUAAGUCAGAAGCAAAAGAAAAAGGAACGUGCAACCGAAGAAGCUGGAGAAUCCAGUCAGAAUGGUUCCAGUAAAUUGUCAGUCCCUCCUCUCGAUUCACGAAGACUUCCUCCGACCAGGCACAAGACAAACAAAGGUCUCUUCACUAUUCUUGAAAAUGGAGAAGUGUGCAUUGAGUUUUUGAAGAAAAAAGGAUUAACGGAGAAAAUAACCGAAGUGUGUCGAAUAUCGAACGAUGGACUGCGAAUUUGUUUAUACAGUGUCGAUCAUCAAGAAGCGGAAUCGUCGCCCUUGCCAAUGCCACCUCAAGGAGUGGACAGUAUUUAUUCCUACGAGACAUUGCCAUUACGGCAUCACAAAAAAUAUCUGUAUGCUGCCCGUUACGUAAAUAUAGUUAAAGCAAAAACUCCUAAACUAACCAUUUACACUGCCAAAUCGAAGUGCUUAUUUAUGGAGAACAGUCCUAAUCCGAAUUGCGAAGUACACUUCUACGAUGGCAUUAAGGUACUGCAAGCGAAUGGUAUUAUAAAAGUACAAGAAAAAGAAACGAUUUACGAAGAAACAAAAGUUCCACCACACCUAGAAAAUUAUUUGAAUCAUUAUUCAGAUUGCUACAAACAUUGCCUUGUCGUGGAAGCAAAUUUUACUUCUUUGGAAAAUGCGACCGGAUUUUCCUUUUUUCCUGCAAUUAUUGGUCGUAAACCACCAUCGGCACUGACGGACUCGCCCUGUUUGCGGGGCAAAGAAAAUGUAUCUACUGCUAUGAAUAAUCUACCAGUCAUACCCUCUUUUAAUGCAACUUGUUCUGUGGCAUCGACAACAGUGAGCCGAUCAAAACGUUCAAAUUCGGUUCAAAUGUCCUUUUCGGACGUAAAAAAAGUUAUGGUCCCAGGUGUUGGAGUAACGACUCAGUUACCGUCAGGUGACAUCAGAAUAGACUACAAGGAUGGAUCUGCUAUUACUGCCAGUCCGCAAAGUUUUGGAAGUGGAAUUAUUUACCAAAGCUGCAAUGGAAGUAUAACAAAGUACAACCACAAUCGACAAAAUGUAGAUAUACCAUUUACUGUGAGGGAAAAGCUCAAACAUUUGCCAAUUGUUAUUAAGUGCCUCGUUCAGACUAAACAUAAAACAAUAAGGUAGAUUUUAAGUAAAAACUGUCAGAUCUAAUUUAAAUAGUUUUAAAAAAUACUCGAGAACUUUAUUUUUUUAUUUUUAAAUAAUACUCGAGAAAUAAGUAACUGAAGAUAUCAAAAACGAAUGAAAAAAAAAAUAUGAAGAAAGACAAUCUAUUUUAAUAUAGAUACAAUCUUUUUUUUCGAGAGAAAGGUGAUUUUAUACAUAUAUUUAAAUUUGCAAAUGGAUUAAAUUACCAUACACGUAAUUUAAUUUUAUUUGCGCCACAUAACAAUAAAGACAAUAAUUUUAGUUUUCUAUUUGCAGUUCGCUUUUAACUUUCCUUGACAGUUUGAUUGAAAUUAUAAUAUUCGUAUUUUUUUUCGUUACCAAUGAAUUUUUUGGUAAAACUUUAUGUGCAUUAUUGUCUUGCGAUAUCAAUAAUUGUUAUUUUUAUAUUAUGCAAGCAAAGAAGACACGAGACCAGAGAUAGCGAAUUUAUAAAAA